CGUCUGUACUCUCAAUAGGCGGGAAAAGGAAAGAGUUAUCGUCUUCCAUAACCUAGAAGCCUCGCAAAACCCCAACCCCAAAAUCUGAUACUCUUGUUGAAUUCUUAAUCUUCAUAGCAAUUUCGAGUGCACUGUAUCGUAAUUAUCAAUGGGCAUUAAGGGUUUAACGAAGCUGUUGGCGGAUAAUGCCCCGAAAGCUAUGAAAGAGCAGAAAUUUGAGAGCUACUUUGGCCGCAAGAUUGCCAUUGAUGCCAGCAUGAGCAUCUACCAGUUCCUUAUUGUAGUGGGAAGAAUUGGAACUGAAAUGCUUACUAAUGAGGCUGGCGAAGUCACUAGCCAUUUGCAAGGCAUGUUUACUCGGACAAUCAGGCUUCUUGAGGCUGGAAUAAAGCCUGUUUAUGUGUUUGAUGGGCAGCCUCCAGACUUGAAAAAAGAAGAGCUGGCAAAGCGUUACUCAAGAAGGGCAGAUGCUACUGAGGAUUUGGCUCAAGCUGUGGAGACUGGCAACAAGGAAGACAUUGAGAAAUUCAGUAAGCGGACAGUGAAGGUAACAAAGCAGCACAAUGAAGACUGCAAAAGACUUUUAAAACUCAUGGGAGUACCUGUAAUUGAGGCUCCUUCGGAGGCAGAGGCAGAGUGUGCUGCACUUUGCAAAUCAGGAAAGGUUUAUGCUGUAGCUUCUGAGGACAUGGAUUCCUUAACUUUUGGAGCUCCUAGGUUUCUUCGCCACUUGAUGGAUCCCAGCUCAAAAAAAAUCCCGGUUAUGGAAUUUGAAGUCUCAAAGAUUUUGGAGGAAUUGAACCUUACCAUGGAUCAAUUCAUCGAUCUGUGUAUUCUUUCUGGAUGUGAUUAUUGUGACAGCAUUCGAGGAAUUGGAGGGCAGACUGCCUUGAAGCUCAUCCGUCAGCAUGGAUCUAUAGAGAACAUAUUGGAGAACAUAAACAAAGAGAGAUACCAAAUACCAGAGGAUUGGCCAUAUCAGGAGGCUCGACAGCUUUUUAAAAAACCAAUUGUCCUUGCUCAUGAAGAGGAGCCUGAGCUUAAGUGGACUGCCUCAGAUGAAGAGGGGCUGAUUACUUUCUUGGUGAAUGAAAAUGGGUUCAAUAGUGAUCGGGUGACAAAGGCAAUAGAAAAAAUUAAAGCAGCUAAGAACAAGUCAUCACAAGGCCGAUUGGAAUCAUUUUUUAAGCCAGUUGCCAACUCAUCUAUGCCUAUUAAACGGAAGGAAACGCCGAAUAUCAAUGCUAAAGAAACUAGUGCUAAGAAGUCCAGGGCCAGAGGUGGUAAGAAGUAGUAAAUUUGAUGACAUUAUAACCUUAACAAACACAAGGAAGGUAAUCAGGUAUUGUUUCAUGCAUGUGAAGGGUCUUUAAGCAUGUAAUGGUUGCCAUUCUGAUACCGGACAUUUUAUUGAAAUUUGUUUCUAGUUGCUAGUUUCCUUACAAUGUAGUGUUUCUUGUUUGUACUAUUUAUCAGGUUAGCAGUUUCUGCAUGAGACAUGUUUCUUGAUCAGCGGAUGCAUAUUGAUACUUUUGGCUAUCGAUCUGGAAACUUGCAAGGCGUAUAUAUAAUGUUGUAAUCUUGUCCUGUAGACCUGGGUAAGAUUUGUGGAUCUUGUGAUAGAUUACCCUGGAGACUUCUGCUUCUGUUAUGUAAUUCAGACUGAAAAAAAGCUGUUGUGACCUGAAAUUUUAUCAAAGUUGUCAUUUACUGAAAAAACACGUGUGUCAGCAGGCAACAAACCUCGUACUUGAGUAAUUGUGUACAUUGAACAAACUAAAUGUGCUCAUGAAGCAAACUAUGUAAACACCCAGCCAUCAAAUUAGAGGCUCAAUCUAUUGCAUUGUCAUCUAUCCUA